GGAAGAGUUGCGAAGGAUUUUUCUUCAGAUAAUUUUGACAGCUAUAUAGAUCUGCACUGAAAAACUACCGUAGCCUUCUUCCUCUUCGCCAUGUUGGACUUCUUAGCGGAAAAUAAUCUUUGUGGACAAGCCAUUCUUCGGAUUGUGUCUUGUGGAAAUGCUAUCAUUGCUGAACUGCUGAGGCUGUCGGAGUUUGUCCCGUCUGUAUUCCGCCUCAAAGACAAAGCCGAUCAACAAAAAUAUGGAGAUAUCAUAUUUGAUUUCAGCUACUUCAAAGGGACCGAAUUAUGUGAAGGGAAGCUAGAAGCCAAGCCUGAACUGCAAGAUUUAGAUGAUGAAUUUCGUGAAAACAACAUAGAAAUCUUGACCAGAUUUUAUUUGGCUUUCCAAAGUGUUCAUAAAUAUAUUGUUGAUUUAAACAGAUACCUGGAUGAUCUCAAUGAAGGGAUUUACAUUCAGCAAACUCUGGAAACAGUGCUGCUGAAUGAGGAUGGAAAACAACUAUUGUGUGAAGCCCUUUAUUUGUAUGGUGUCAUGCUCCUUGUCAUUGAUCAGAAAAUUGAAGGCGAAGUCCGAGAGAGGAUGCUUGUUUCCUAUUAUCGAUACAGUGCUGCUCGCUCUGCUGACUCCAAUAUGGAUGAUAUAUGUAAGCUGCUUCGGAGCACGGGGUAUUCAAGUCAGCCCGGAGCGAAAAGGCCCGCAAACUAUCCGGAGAGUUAUUUCAGCAGGGUGCCCAUCAACAAAAUAUUCAUCAGCAUGGUGAUUGGCCGCUUGAGGUCAGAUGAUGUUAUUAGCAUUUACAUGGGAAUAUCAGUCAAUCUGGGAGAAGCCUGGGAGCCAUACAAGGCUGCCAAAACAGCUCUGAACUACACACUGGAUCUUUCCAAUGUUAAGGAGCAGGCUAGCCGAGCUGCUGCUGUCACUGAGCGUGUUCACACCCAAGUGCAACAAUUUCUUAAAGAAGGUUGUUUAAGAGAAGAGAUGGUGCUUGACAACAUCCCAAAACUGCUGAACUGCUUAAGAGACUGCAACGUGGCCAUCCGCUGGCUGAUGCUUCAUGCUGCAGACUUGGCUUAUGAUCCAAAUAACAAGCGCCUCCGCCAGAUAAAAGACCAAGUUCUCACUGACUCCAGAUUCAAGCCCAGGAUCCUUUUCCAGCUCCUUCUGGAUACAGCCCAGUUUGAAUUCAUUUUGAAAGAGAUGUUCAAACAAAUGUUGUCAGAAAAGCAAACGAAGUGGGAGAGCUACAAGACAGAAGGAUCAGAAAGAAUGGCUGAAUUGGCAGAUGUCUUUUCAGGAGUGAAACCAUUAACCAGAGUGGAGAAAAACGAAAAUCUGCAAGCCUGGUUUAGAGAAAUCUCCAAACAAAUCAUGUCUCUGAACUACAACGACUCCACUGCAGCAGGCAGGAAAACAGUGCAGUUAAUUCAAGCUUUGGAAGAGGUCCAGGAAUUUCACCAACUGGAGUCCAAUCUGCAAGUUUGCCAGUUUCUCGCAGACUCUCGCAAGUUUCUGCAUCAAAUGAUCCGAACCAUCAACAUUAAAGAAGAGGUUUUAAUCACCAUGCAGAUAGUAGGGGACCUUUCCUACGCUUGGCAGCUCAUUGACAGUUUCACCUCUAUCAUGCAGGAAAGUAUAAGAGUCAGCCCUUCUAUGGUAACCAAACUCCGGGCCACCUUUUUAAAGCUGGCUUCAGCUCUUGACAUGCCACUUCUUCGCAUCAAUCAAGCAAACAGUCCUGAUCUUCUCAGUGUAUCACAGUAUUAUUCUGGAGAACUGGUAUCCUAUGUAAGAAAGGUUUUACAGAUCAUUCCAGAAAGCAUGUUCACUUCUCUCCUGAAGAUUAUAAAACUGCAGACUCACGAUAUCAUUGAGGUGCCAACUCGCUUGGACAAGGACAAGCUGCGAGAUUAUGCUCAACUUGGACCACGCUAUGAGCUCAGCGAGCUGAUGCCCAGACUGAAAGAUAUGGCAGCCACCAUGGAUGGGUUCCACCGUUCCUUUGAGUACAUCCAGGACUAUGUCAACAUCUGUGGAUUAAAAAUCUGGCAGGAAGAAGUAUCCCGUAUUAUUAAUUACAACGUGGAGCAGGAAUGCAACAACUUCUUAAGGACAAAGAUUCAAGACUGGCAAAGCAUCUACCAAUCCACCCAUAUUCCAAUACCCAAAUUUGCACCUACAGACGAAUCUGUUACUUUUAUUGGCCGCCUCUGCAGAGAAAUUCUGAGAAUCACUGACCCAAAGUAA